AUGGAAUCUCCGGUUUCCCAUGCCGGCGGAGAAGAGCCCGAAGCUCGAACACCUGUCGUUUCUUCCGGCACCAACUUGGUAGCCGGCUCUCAGUCUUCGUCGAGGUCGCGGUUGUGGAGGCCUGCGGCUCAACGGAAUCUGAGGAACCAGUGGUCGAGACUGGUCUCUUGCAGGGGGCGGUGGGUCUCGGCGUCCUCAGAGGGGAGGGCUAGCGCGACUGCGCUAGUCAACGCCUACCUUUCUCGGAGGCAAGUAUUGAGUUCGAGGAAGAAUCACAAUGUUUUGCUUAAUUUCGGGUGGAGGUACCCGUUGGACAUGGCUGGGAGAUGGAGCUCCUUUGUCGACGAUAUUUUGUUUUUUUUAGGUCAGGUAUAUGCCGGAGAUGAAUUUAGGCGUGCUCAAGGACAUGCCCAUGAUUCGGGAGAACGCUUGCGAGAAGUUGGAGCGGAAGCAGGUAUCACUACUUCACCUCGCGUCGUUCACGGAGCGUUUGAGAAGUAAAUCAUCGUUUAUUUCUUAAAAAUGAACAAUGAGCUCGCGAGGAGGCGUGUAUGCUGUAUAUGCGUCACUGGUGUUUAGUAUUAUCACUCGAGAAGCCAUUAUUCACUCAGUGAUGAUUGUUACCGACAUGACUCUCUGCCCAAUAGUUUAGAAGCCUUACAGGAGAAUAAGGUCUCACUUCCGUAGAAAUGACGACGAACAUUCCCGCCUGAUUUUGGAGGGUUUGAUGGCUUAAAUAACAGUCCUCCUCAUAUUCACAGGAUUUCAGUGAGCAAGGUCCACAUUCUAAGAAGGGCUCAAUAGUACACGACGAGGAGAGACAAAAGUUUUCAAGAGUUCGUACUCUAGUUUUAACUUCCACGCACGAAGAACUGGUAAUGACUUUUCAGAGAGAAACAAUUUUGAUAGAAGGUGCGGAGGUUUAUAUCCAUUGAGGUGAAAAGGAUAAGUCGAAGCUUAAUACAUGAAUACAGGUGAAACAAAAUUCUGCUGAAAAUAAGGCACUUUUUUGGCUAGUAAUUAUUAUUCAGGUCCGAAAGAUAGUACUUUAGUGAAGUAACCAUCCACAUAUUUCCUUAUGUAUUCCUCUCUGAAGCCAUCAUUUCUGGGAAAAAAAAUUUAAUCCUACACUGAUGCCGGGUUCUACAGAAUUCCUAAGAGAAUCCUCUGCGACUCGCUCUGAAUUUUAAUUUUGUACAUUCUUCAAAAUGUUGUGAAGUGUUUUUCGUAUAAUUGAUGAUGCUUUUCUUCGAUUUUUUUCUUUUGACUCAGGAACUAUGCCAAAGAAAGCUUUUAUCCUCUUACAAGGAUCUGGUAAGCAUGCUCAACUAUAUACUAUGUCAGAAACAGUAUUCUUCGGCAUAAUUUGGAUUUAUUUCCAGGACUUGGCCUAGAUAUAUUUGGAUCAUUGAUGAUAUGGAAUGCAUUGGAAGAGGCGCCAAUGUCGCUCAUAUCUCUAAAAUCCUAUGUUUGAGAUAGUGUGAUAACUAUGUCGACGAAUAGUUCUCUUUCAUAUGCUAAUAUCGUUUAAUCUCCUCUGGAAUAUUGGUACCAGCAUUAAUAUUAAGUAGAGCACCGGGGUUUCUCUUUUUUGGUUCAGCCCUUCUGUUGUUCACCAUAUUCUCACUUGACCAAAGAUUCUUCCUGUCCUUGUAUUACCAAAUCGAUUUUGAAAGGGUGGGUUUAGAUGAGGCAACACUCUGUGUUUAGUCCUUUUUUUUUCAUUUUCUGAGCACCGUAUACUAUCAACCUUCUCUGUGAUAGUUCUCCGGGUUUCUUAAUGUCAAUUAUGAUACCAAAUUCGAGGUAUUUUCAAAUUGAACUAUGUUUGGGACACAUUUAAAGAGUCCCUUCUUUUAUGUGUAAUUAUCGUAUUUUUCCAUAGCUCCAAAGUAUUAAUCUGUAACUCAUGUUGGAUCCCCUGUCGAUCAUGGGUUCUCUGCAGGUUGAUGCUGUGUCUCAAUUUACAAAGGCACGUGACUCCAUGCGAUGUUAUCUGAAGGGAUCCAGUGCUUCUCCACUUGUACAAUUCAGUCAACUCUCUCAAGACAAUGAUGAUCCUGGAGAUGGUGGGGGUGUUCCAGUUUUCACAUCAUGGGCACUACCAUAUUUUGGUAAGUUUAUCUGUUCUUUGUUCUUCCUGUAUCAAAUUUCCUAUAUUGGUAAGUUUACCAAUAUGGUUUUUCCUUUAAAAGGUAGCAUCACUCUUCAUAUUUUCCGUAUGAUUGGAUUACUUGGAGGGAGUAUCGUUGUUUUCUUUGAUGGGCCAAUUAUAUCUACAAAAAGCCCUAGACUUUGGUGAAGUUUAUCUCUAGUUGCCUGCCAAGGCCAGUCUGUUCCAGUGAUGCCAGGUACAUGGGCGAAUAUCACGUGGAUAGAAACAGGGUUCAUUUUUCCAUAAGACCCAUUGACAUAUAGCAACUAAUCUUGUCAUACAGUAUAAUCUCGUGCUAUCUGAGAGUUCAGGAUAAUUUCGCUCACUACUAUCUUUAACUUAUCUUUUCCUCGAUGGAAUGUAUUUUACUUGAUUUCCCCUAAUAUAAUUGAGGUACUUGGACAAUUUUUUUCCUCUUUAAUCCAUCCUACCAAUUAGUUUCUACAAUGUAAUCGUAUCUUUGUUGAUCUCCAAACGAUUUCAGAGAAACUGGCACAGGAGCUUAUUGACAUGUUUGCAGUAGAGAUAAGCUUAAAGGUAACCAGUUCCAACCCAUUCAUGGAACAUCUAGUGUCUAUAUCUUUGUGGAUGUGCCCAAUAGAUUCGUCCCCCUUUGGAAAUUCUUUCUUACAUCUCACAACUUCUGGUGUCUGCUUCUUGCUCAGCGGUUGAUUGUUCUACAGCUGCUGUCUAUUGCAUGUCAAGAUGCUCAAGGAGCUCAAGCUGACGAACGAAACUGGUCAAUUGAGCUUUAUGAGGGAGAAUUCAACGACUUAAACACGGUCGAUCUGCUUUGCAGGGAGAGAUUUCAGCCAAAUCCGCCAAGAAUAAGAGGCUUCCAAUCUAAUAACCCUGCAACAGAGCAGAUCAAUCGUAACCCAACACGAGAAACUUUGCACGUAUGGCUUCCUCCCUUCUGAGUGGCACAAAAUUUAAUUCAGAGUCAUUGAUCAUUAUGAUUAAAACUAUUUUUCUUCAUUGAUCGUUAGAAUCUCACAUUGUUUUCACGAACAAUGUGAGAUUAGUCCGACAACAGUAUUACUUCUGAGCUGACUUUUGGAGUUUGUCGUGCGAUCUAAUGCUAUACUAAAGCUGUUAGCUCAUAUGAGGAAGAACUAACUGAAUACAAGUAGAGUAGAUCACAUCUAUUUACACCAGGUGAUAUUAUUUUUUCGAAUAAUGUGGAACGAUUAUAAUGAUUAUUACUGUGAUUGUACAAAGUUUUCUGUAAAUACCUUGGGAUGAUUGGCCGAGGGUCUCCUUUCAGUUUAAUGGGUGUUUAUGGGCUAUGCCGUAUGGUUUGCAGGUUUAUCUAACAGCAUGGAUCUCAGAUGUGAAUGUUGACAUAAUGAGGUAAUCAUACAUGAACAGCGGAAAUUAUUGAUUCUGACCAUCGGGUUUUAGGUUUUUUUAAUACUUUCAAUUUUUUCCUAGAUCUAUAGUAAUUACUAAUAUUUUUUAUUUAUUUUUGUAUCGUUCAAUGGUUUACAGUUCUCCUUUUCCUCGUAUAUCAAACCUAAUGCGAUGUAUUUGCCUUCAUUCUCAGGGUAGACGAAAUAUUUGGGAUGGUUGAAGACGAAAUGCAGCUAAAGCUUUCUUGA